GUGUUUGUGUGUGUAUGUGUGAAGGAGAACGUGUGUAGUUUCUGAGGGUGCUUUCAGCAUCUCAGAUUUCGCCCACGGUGUUAAAUUACUUAGUGGGAGCUUUAAUACUGCUAGAGACACUCUUGAUUGGGAGUUUUGAUGGGGGAGAGUGAGGGGAGUAAAGAGGCACGGAGCGAAGCUGCCUGGCAGAACAGAGAGGACUUUAAAACUUCUGCAGAGCCGGGAACAUGGAUUAACCAGAAGCCUGUGUCUGAAACUAGUGACUGGCAGCCUGAAUGGUAACCAGGAGGAGGGAAGCCCCAUCAGGAUCCUCAGCGUGGCACCGGUUGAGGUGUCCCUUCUGCCUCCCGAACCAGACUGAGAGUCCAAGCUUCAGCUAACGACAAAGCAGGCAAUGGAGGUGCCACUUGUCAACUUCGAAAACAUGGAUGACGUUGGCAUCAACCUGGGCGACCCGAGCGACUCCGGGUACCCCACCUCUCCAACUUCAGAAGCACCUGACCAGAACCUGUUAACCCACCGGCUAGCUUCUCCUCACCAGUCGCCACGCAGGGGACGUCGCCGGCGUCAGUCUGGUCAGGAUGGGUUGUCACCGUCCACACCUCCAACUCUGACCUCUAAGGCGAACUCCAGCAGUGCCAGCCUGAUCUCAAAUCUGAAGCUCCUGAUCAACAGCGAGUCUCCAACCGACAGUGUCUUCAGUAAGAUACAGAAGGAUUAUUAUGAAAAUGAAGAUCUGUUUGAAAAGCACUGUGUGGAGGGCAAAGAUGAGAAAGUUGUCAUCAAUAUUUCAGGACUGAUGUUUGAAACCCAACUCAGCACCUUGAGUAAGUUUCCAGAGACACUGCUGGGUGACCCUAUGAAGAGGAUAAAUUACUUUGACCCGAUGAGAAAUGAGUACUUCUUUGAUAGAAAUCGACCAUCUUUUGAUGGGAUUCUGUACUACUACCAGUCAGGAGGGAGACUCCGCAGACCAGCCAAUGUUCCCUUAGAUGUUUUUGCUAAUGAAAUUGUUUUCUAUGAGUUGGGYCACGAGGCGAUGGAGCAGUUCCGUGAGGACGAAGGGUUUAUCAAAGAACCUGAGGUCCUUUUGCCCACCAAYGAACUCCAGCGACAGUUCUGGCUUCUGUUUGAAUACCCAGAGAGCUCCAGCGCAGCCAAAUCUGUAGCUCUGGUCUCUGUGUUUGUUAUCGUCAUUUCCAUCUUCAUCUUUUGCCUGGAAACUCUCCCAGAGUUCAGGGACGACACCGAUUUUCCUCCAGGUUUCACCCAAGUGAUCAAYGGCACCCAAGACAGUUCUGUCCCUCGUCCUGCUGCUAAAAACAUCAUGACGUACCUCACAGACCCGUUUUUUAUCGUGGAGACUGUUUGCAUCGUUUGGUUCUGCUUCGAGGCUGGUGUUCGUUUUGUGGUGUGCCCCAGCAAAAGUGAUUUCUUCAACAACAUCAUGAACAUCAUCGACAUCGUGUCCAUCAUUCCCUACUUUGUAACCCUGGGAACUGAGCUGGCCACAACACCAGAUGAYGAUGUGAACUCGGGCCAGAACAUGUCCUUAGCGAUACUCAGAAUCAUCCGACUGGUGAGAGUUUUCAGAAUUUUUAAGCUCUCCCGACACUCGAAGGGUCUCCAGAUUUUGGGUCAGACCUUAAAAGCCAGCAUGAGGGAACUGGGGCUGCUAAUCUUCUUCCUUUUCAUAGGAGUCAUCCUUUUCUCAAGUGCCAUCUACUUUGCAGAAGUGGAUGAGCCCCAGACACAGUUUGUUAGCAUUCCCGAUGGAUUCUGGUGGGCCGUGGUGACGAUGACCACCGUGGGUUACGGAGACAUGUGCCCCAUCACCAUGGGAGGCAAAAUGGUCGGCACUCUCUGUGCCAUUGCUGGUGUCCUGACCAUUGCCUUGCCUGUGCCUGUCAUCGUCUCCAACUUUAACUAUUUUUACCACCGUGAGACUGAGCAAGAGGAGAAACAGGUGAUGGAGGCAGCAGCGGAAGCUGCUCAAAAAAUGUCAGCUGCUAACAAGAGUGGAAGCAGCCUCUCGUUGAACAAAAGUAACGGCGCUUGGCAGAAUGAGAAAAACAGCAUGCACUAAUAGAGAGUUUAUCAUACGGAAGGGCACAAAUGAACAAAAUCAAACAUAUCUGUUAGUUUAUCUUCCUCAUCGUUUUGUAUUCCAAACACACAUAAUUACAGUAUUACAAGGCACUCUGUGGUGGGGUUUUUACACAAGUUGUCUGUCUUUAUGUAGAUGUGUCAAAGUGAAGUGCAAUUAUAACUCAGCAACCACUUUUUCUGUCAGCUGUGAUGAAAAAAAUUAAGUCCAAUUUGAAACGCAUGACUUGUGCUGUAGACAAACAUUUCACCUUGAAUGUUGAAAUACAAAAAAGUGAGUACUGCAGAGAGAGAAAAGGCUUUGCAAGUUGUAAAAUAUUCAUCUGGUCUGAAUUAGUUGAGCUAGUCAAUCCUACUGGAGAAAAUAGACAAAGAUUUCGGUGAUCAAAGCUUUUUAACUGAGCUUGUAUUACAUCAGAGGUUCAUGUUAGUCUCCACUUCAUCGUAUUCAGCAGAAUCAAGAUGGGCCUCGGUGUGGUGUUCAAGGGCAAACAAGUGUGGUGCAAAGGAGAACAUCAGAGWACACACUGUCUUCUCAGCAAAUCUAUAACUGUGAGUGCUCAGCCAGCAGCACCUUCAGUGUUACAAUAUCUGUAAUAAAUAGCUGGCACUGUAGCUUGUCUGCUAUUAUUCUUAGAUAGGAUGUAAAGUAUAAACCAAACCUGCUUCAUGUUGAUGAUAUUCUACAUGCAAUAGUUGCAUGCAGCAAUUGUAGUGAUUAAAAUCACUUGCUUUUCAUCUGUGGGUUUUUGUUGGUUUUUGUUAUUUCAC